UGUGGGGUAUCACACCGCUUUGGUCUCUAGAUAACUGCCUGAGCAUCUUCUAACCGCCUUGGAACCUGUUCCAUGCCAACCAACCACCAACAGCAGCAGUAGGCACAACCAGGGCAUAGAAUGCCCUAAAAAAGUAGAAGCAGGAGGCUCCCAGGACUACAGCCCUUCCUGAGCAUUUCUCCUCUGCACUGCUGAGCCGUGGGCUGGAAGGGCAGGUCCUGGGGUGACGGGGCAGCAGCUGCACCAGGAAGACCUGAACUCUCUGGGCCGCGCAAUGGCUGAAGCAAUGGCCACUGUGGACAGUGAGGACCUCUCAGGCUAUUUCAGCAUGCAAUACAGGCAGAAUCUGCUGCUCUUGCUCAAGAAACUCAAACUGACCGAGGAGGACUCUCUGUCUCCAUUUAUUCGCCUCCAGGAGAAGAAGAAAGAAGCCCAAGAGAUGCAAAGGGUUCUGGAGGAUAAGGAAGAGGCCUUCAGGGUGAGGAUGGAGGACAUCACCUGCAGGUGGAAGGAGCUCCAGGCCAAGGAGGCCGAGCUGAAGGCUCACAUGAAGAAAUCUGAGAGGACCCUAAAGGAAAAUGAUAAGAUGCGAAUCCAAGCUCUAAAGAAAGCUGGCAAAGAAAGGAAGAUGAAGAUGCAAAAGGAGAGUGAGCUCUUGAGAGCUAAGAAGGAACUGGAAGCCCUGAAAAUUAAGCACCAGAAACUCAGUGACAGAGUGCAGAACUACUCUAUCUUUGAAACCUAUCUGGAGGAUGUGGUGAAGGUCUCACAGUUUGAGGAGAUCCAGGCAAUCAUUUGGCACUACAAGAGGUUAGUGAGGAUGCGCAAGGCCCUGCUGCAAGCAGAACGUGGGCUUAAGGAAGCAAAGCAGAAAGCCAAGGAACUCAGCCAGCAUGAUGAAGAUGAGAGCCUGCAGUACAACAGUGACCUGGAUCAGCUUCAACUGCGUUCUCAUCAGGCUCAAAGGGAUGUUCUCACCAGGGAGUGUCUCUGGGCUGACAUGCAGAAAACAGCUGCCAAGAAAAGCCAGGAGCUGGGGACCAUCAAGAUGGCCAUCCUUGGCCUCUUCCAGCACGUGAGCAAGCAGAUGAAAAGAAGCCUUAAUGUGCCAGUGGAUGACAGCUACGCACAGCUGAGCGCGAUUCAACAGUUUAUCCAGGACCUCAUGCACAUCUUAAUGGAAGUGAAAAGAAAGGGCAUACAGAGCCGUUAGCAUGCAGCUAUGCCUAUGGGGCUGCAAGGAAGAUGCCAACUUGACCUGGUCUGCCAGCAAAGGCCCAGCAGCAUGAAAAGGGUAAGAAAAGGACAGAGAGCCCCACAGAUGUUGUAGACUUUACUAUAGGUUACGUCAGUGAAGUUUCAUACCUUUCUUGCCCUUCUCUCCUGCACUGUCACUCGCACCUUCUCACACUAUUAAAAACAAUAUGUUUUAAGAUGGAUCCAUUUCUUGGGGUGGUUGGCACCAUUGGAACAGCUCCAUCCCACAGCUUCAUCCAAGCGGUGCCUUCUCUGGCAGAUGGGAUGCUGGUUGCAGAGUACAGCAUCCCAGGAUAUAGGCUCAGAUAGGGGUUCAUGUCCACACCUGGACGUACCACUCAGUUUAAGCUGAGGUAUUCAACAGGAACAUCACAAAGGAGGGAGGACUGUCCUUCCAGAGAGCUUCAGAGAUUUUCCUGCGUCACCACACCCAGUGCCUAUGGGAAUGUGGAUUUCCCUACGCAGCCACUCACUGUGUACCCAAACCCAUCCCUCUGCUGCUGUUAGAAGUGUUGACAGGUGAAGGAUGAACCAGAUGAAUGAAUCGCAGCAAGC